CUUUAGAUAAUAACCAAUCACAAAUUGUGGUUCACUUGCUCUGUUCAGCUCCGGCCUCUAUAAAUUCAGAAAAUUUGACCACUCAGUUUGUUUGAUCAUUCAUCGUAGCAAACUCUGUAACUUUGACUGGAUUUUCAAUGGCGACCUCUGAGAAACAAACGAUGGUGGUUGGAAUCGACGAUAGCGCGCACAGUUUUUACGCGCUGGAGUGGACUCUGGAUCACUUCUUCACAAAUUUCCCUACAAAUCCUCCUUUUAAGCUCGUCGUUGUUCACGCCAAACCUCUUCCUUCUUCUGUUGUCGGUCUCGCUGGACCUGGAGCUGCCGAGGUUUUGCCAUAUGUCGAGUCGGAUUUGAAGAAAAUCGCUGCCAGGGUUUUGGAAAAGGCUAAGGAAUUCUGCAUCAGCAAACUGGUGAGUGAGGUAGUAUUGGAAGCUAUAGAAGGAGAUCCUAGGAAUGUGCUGUGUGAGGCUGUAGAAAAACACCAUGCCUCUAUUCUGGUUGUGGGUAGUCAUGGCUAUGGAGCUAUCAAAAGGGCGGUUCUGGGCAGCGUAAGUGAUUACUGUGCUCAUCAUGCUCACUGCACUGUGACAAUUGUGAAGAAGCCUAAAAUCAAACACUAAGACACUUUACCAGCAGCUAAAUUAGCGAACCCAGAAGCCGGCUGCCCUUGUCUUGUAGUGCUUGAAUAAGUAUGCAACCUUUAAAAUUGACUAUAUUUAUAUAUGAUAUGAUGUGUAUUGAUUGAGUAAUUUAUUUUGCCACUGCUUUUGCAGUUUGGUAUGUAAUAUAUAUAUAAUAAUUUCAACUCAUCUUUGUAUAAACUGUGAAAUGUUUGGUUA